GCCAGCUAGGCACUUCCUAAAACCAGGGACUCUCCGCAAGUCUUUGUUCUAACAAGGGGAAGUCCUGUAGAUGAAAAGACCCAAGAGAACCUCACAGGUGCCACUCUUCAUGAGAAUGACUCUGGGCAAACUGGUUUCCUCUGAAACAACAUUGUUCCCUUUUUAAAGAGGAAAUUUGGUAUAAAGCAGGUACCAAAAAUAGUCUGGAGAAGAUGUUUGUUUCCCACCCCACCCCCGCAAUUAAACCCAACCCACCAAUAGUCCUGAGCCAACGCUAACCUGCCGGGUGAAUAUAGACUCAUUGCAACAAGUGAACGGAGACUGGAGACCUUCUGCUGAGAUGGCAGGGAUGCUUAACUACUACUUCCUCAUCUGGGCUGUAAUAAUGAGGAUCUCUGGCAGGCACCUGGCACCGAAAGGAGCCUCUGCUGCCUUCCACUUGCGGUGCUUAGUGCUUUAUCCAAAGUGCAUGUCAUGCUAUUGGACUCCACAGGAUGGUGCUGCAUCCAAUACAACAGUCCACCUCAGAUAUAAGAUGAGGGGAAUAACAGAAGCCGAAGAAUGCAAAGACUAUGUCACCAGUGGCCCCAACUCCUGCUAUUUCAGCCGCACCAACCUCUGCCUGUACUUGACCUAUGAAAUCUGGGUGGAAGCUGGGAACCAGAUGUCAGAGAAGCUGAUUGUUAACACUGAAGACAUUGCUAAAACUGAACCACCAGAGGGUCUGAAGGCCACUGGAUUUGGCACCCACCUAUCCUUAGAAUGGGGGUACCCACUUGGUGUGGCAGCCUCCUAUUUCCCACUGGUGUUUGAGCUUCAGUACCAAGAACAGGGCUGUGGCAAAUGGGAGCAAGAGCCUGAUGUGGGUGAGCAGACCAGCUACUCUGUUUAUGGUGUGAAGCCAGACACCGUGUACAUCCUGGCGGUCCGCUGCAAGAACUCGGACGGGAAAGGCUUUUGGAGUGACUGGAGCACCCCAGUUAUAGUCAGUUCUGGCCAAGCCACAGCACAACCAGUGCAAGGUGAAGCACAGUGAAAUAGAAGAUUCACCACACAAGGCAAUGGUUCAUCUAGCCCAGCAUGCUGCCUCGGGAAGUGACCUACAGCCAGUGCUUUGUUAACAGCAUCGCAAUAGACAGGGCAUGUGAAUAUCGGGU